CAGCAUUACAUGUUGCUGUAAUUUGUCUAUGUUUAGGCCUCAGUCAUAUGCAAACUGAAAACAAAAUUCCUCCUUUAAAACCAGGGCUUAGAAUCGUCUGCAGCUAAUAAUCUAAACAGACCAAGAGGGGCCCUUCAGCCUUAAGAGAGGACAGAUCUGCUGAAGCCACAAGAUAAAAUAAAAAAAUAUCUGAAACUUAAACAGAAACAACAAACUGAUGCUGCCAUACAUUGUUUAAUUUAGGUGAAAGAAAACUCUGAUCUGUGAUGAAAGAGAAGAAACAUUUUCUGGAAUGUCAACAUAAGACAAUCCACACAGUCCCCAUUACACUGAGGACCACCCCCUCUUAUGGUGUGUGCAUGUGUGCUGUCUAUUUAAGUCUCCUUGUGAUAGAGAGGAGGGAUAAAAGAGAGCAGGAGAUAAAUAUUCUAGUGCAUUCUUCUUUCUUUCUUUGUCUCUGCAUCCACAGCAUUGGUACAGCAAGGGGGAAUUAACAUAGCCAAGAUGCCUGAGAAAGCGCCAGAGAGGAAAUCAAAAAUAUCAGCAUCCCGAAAGCUCAUGCUAAAGAGCUUGAUGAUUGCCAGGGCUACAGAGGAGCUGGAGGAGGAGUUGUUAGAAAAAGAGGUGGAGAAAGCAAAGUACCUGGAAGAAAAGGCUCCUCCUUUACAAAGCAGUAGCAUGUCAUUAGAAGAGCUAAGGAGACUAUGUGAAGAGCUGAAUGCCACAAUAGAUACGGUGGAUGAGGAGCGGUAUGAUAUCGAAGCCAAGGUUUUGCACAAUACCAGAGAGAUCAAAGACCUGAAUAUCAAGGUGUUAGACUUGCGAGGGAAGUUCAAGAAACCCAACUUGAGAAGGGUUCGGGUCUCUGCUGAUGCCAUCCUGAGCUCCCUUCUGGGCUCCAAACACAAAGUGUCUUUGGAUCUGCGAGCAAACCUCAAAUCUGUGAAGAAGGAGGACACGGAAAAGGAGAAGACUGCAGAGGUGAGCAACUGGAGGAAGAAUGUGGAGGCUAUGGCAGGCAUGGAGGGUCGCAAGAAGAUGUUUGAUGCAGCAAAAGCCCAAAACCAAUAAACAAGUGUUCAAGACAAAACAACCAGUUUUCAUUGCCUAACAAACACCAUCACUUUCAAUCCAAAAACAGUUACUCUUCACACCUCCCAGGGCCACACAGAGGAUUUCUUCAUAUAUUCAGUAUACUUCAGGUUUUCCUUAAAAUGU